CAUGGCAAUUAGCCUUCUUUCAGAGCUCAAGGGUGUAUGCAUGGUGCAAGUCCUUCUUUAGUUGAUGGUUGGAGGUUUAUGUGAUAAUCUUUUGUCCUGUGGAACACGAUAUUUCUCAAUGCGCUGUGAACGGUUGUUGGGAACACACGAUUCAAUGGUCAUUGUUAUGUUCUACCUUCACGCUUGAUGUUUGGUCACUGACAGUAUCAACUUUAAGGACACCGGUUUAUCACACAGACACAGUGUUACUUUGUGGAUCUUUUUCCAAUAUGUCCAUGACAAUGGAGCCAGAAAAGCCCUACUAUGAGCCAACAAUCAGGCUGUGUUUCAAAGCCACCAUGUAUGCCCGCGUGGCCGUGGGUGUUCUUGGCGUGGCCAUUUUAUGCCAUCUGGUCAGUACAGGGUCAUCGUACUGGAUAGCCGGGGAGAUCGGUGGUCAGGUGGUGUGGCACGAAGGUCUGUGGCAGAGCUGCUACAUCAAGCCGUUGGACACGUGGGUGUGUGUGUCGUAUGUGCUUGACCAUCAUAUCAACACUGUACCAGGUUGGUUCAAGGCCUCCCAGACCAUGGCGAUAUUGGCGAUAGUGUCAUCCGUCCCCGCGGCCAUGACGAUGUUGCUGUACACGUUGCUGCCGACACUAGGGGGGAGGAAGGUCGCCUCUGUCCUCUCCGUCGUUCUCUGUAUAACGUCAGGUGUGUUCGUAUUGACUGCCGUCAUUGUGUUCGCCACUCUCUACCCCCUCCUUCCCGACCACGCCACACAAGACGUCCAUUUUCAUUGGUCAUUCGGCGUUGAUAUCACAGCCGCCAUCUUGUUCUUCAUCCCCCCCGCACUACUCAUCGUGGACAUGCGCAAAUCAUUGCUGUGGAUCGUCUAAAUUAUUUCAUUGAUGAACUUGUUCCAUACAUAUAUCAAUAAACCAUCUCUCAUCUUAAUAUCAA